GGAAAAUGGAGAAUUCAUUCGAGUCGUCACACGAACUUCGUUGACGCUCCCUCGCACUAGGUGCUGUUCGCGUUCGUGUGCUUUCAUUCGCCUUGCGGAAACGACCCAGAGGACUCCUUUGUUUUUUCCAAGAAAACCAACUUGCCAUUUCCAAUUUCCGCAUCGUCACCGCAAAUGGGUGGAUUCCGCGAGAACUUCCGCGUCUCACUUCCUCAUUUCCGUGACGGGCCUCAUCAUAGAUAGCAUCUUUUCCUUUGCCCUUUGGUGGGCGUAGAUCGCAGCACCGCCCUCCCUUUUCUCUGCUUCUCUUCCUUGUGUUUUUUUUUAUCCAUUUAACGCUGCCGAGCUGCGGCUCUUUUGUACGUGUCGCCUACGCCUUCUGCUGCUCCCUCCUCUUUUCUUGUUGUGCGAAGUCGGGGACGAACGUUCAAAGUCAAUCCAGCUGCCCGUCUCCCGCAGUCGCAAGGAACAGGACUUGGGGUGAUUUCCUUCGCUCCUAUUCUCUCGUCUUUUACUUUUGUCCCCCUCCUCUCCUCCUGUGCGAGGCUACUGAAUGGGGAAGCGCAGUCGCAGUCGCAGCACCACCACCGCCUCCUCCGCCACCCGCCGCCCCCACGUUGUCUCCGCUGACUUCCUUAGCGUCUCGUCUGCGUCUCCGCACAGCCCGCCAUUCAAGAAACGUGCCGUUGGUGUUGGUUGUGGUGCUGGUGUGGACGGUAACAAGGACGCAAAUGUGGUGCCGUUACAGGUGUGCCACGAGGUGCAGCUGUCGAGCGCCAUUCCCUCCGUCUCUUCGUCCUCCGUAGGUUCGUCGACUUCACAAGCAGAGGUGCUACAUGGCCAAACAGGCUUCGCCCGCGCAGGCGUGAAACACAGCCGUGGUAGGAAUAACGACCCCCGCGAAGACAGCACUCGCCGCCGAGGAGAAGACGGUGUUUUGUCGAAGGAUUCUCCACUUUCUUCUCCGACAACCGCGAGUGCGGCUGCCCCUGUUAUUAACCGCACGCUGGUGUACGACACCGGUGGCACACCUCCUUCUCCGUCAAGCAGCGCACCGGACUGGCCCACCGCUAGUAGCUCGCCAGCUUCGCCUUCUCACCCGCGACCACCACACCGCAACGUCGUGGUGCUCACUUCUACCCCAGCAUUUCUCCGCCGCGGCAAGCAGCGAGACGCAGACAGCGCCGGCGAUGACUCGCGUGACAAGGACGUGCACUCGCCCUCCACUUCCAUGGCCAGCCCACUGCGACUCAUGCGGGCAGCACAGGAGUUUCUGUCGCCAGUGCGCUCGACGCUCCUGCGCGGGUUCUCGCAUCUCCGCCAGUCCGUGGCAGGGAGCAACGCCCCGCGCACACGCCCAGCUGCCCCGGAGCGCCGAAGUGACGUGCGCACGCCGCCGCCCCCGUCACCUUGGGGACGGCUGAGCUCCAUCAGGCCCGCCCGGGAACACCUGCCAUCUCUUUCUGCGGACUCGAGAGGCGAGCCGAACCGACGCGGCAGAGGCGGGCAGCGCCUCCAGCCCGCCGCUUCAGCACCGACCCUUCUCAGCUUGGGUGUGUCCUCCAUAGCAGGCAGCCGACGAUCAUCCGUGUCAGCUGUCGACAUGUGGGGUUUCAUUGAGAAUUCGCGGAGCAGAGUUGAAGGGCCGCAACGCCCGACGAUUCAGCGUGACUCGGCGGACGCACUGGCGAGCUCGACGAGUGGGCGGGCGUCGUCGUUGUCAUCGUCUCGCAUGUCGUCUCCCACGGCGCGCGGGGUGGGGGAGGCGGACAACGGCACCACUGAUCACCGCCACGACCGUGUUCGCCGACAGCACCACCGUGCCAGUGAGGUUGUGGAUCUGCAAGCGGACGACGUGCAUCGUGGUGGUGGGAGGGCUCUGGUCGGGCCGUACGAUGCGCGGUAUGCCAGCGUGUCUUCGCUGAGCGAGUCGCUCGCCAAGGUCGUGUCAUCGUCCCACAGCACCGCGCAGUCUAGUCUCACCUCGGCAGGGGCCGCGGCGUGCGACGGUGCCGAUCACAAAGAUGUCUUGUCCGCCGCGCGUGACACCAGUGCGGGUGCAACACUGCCGCGUCGCAGCGCCACACUCAUGGACCCGAAUUUCUCCACGAUUUUGCCAGACGAGGAGGAGCAGGCGGUACGUCGACGCAUGCAGCGCCACGGACACGGCCGGGCGAAGGUGCUGUGUGCGCCACCACAGGAACACCUCGCGUCGCAGCGCGUGCCUACAAACGUGUUGGAACUACCUUCAGUUCGUCCUCCUGCGCCACGCGAAGCCCCGAGAGACGCUCAAGCACGCAGAGACAAGACAUCGCGCACGUCUUCUGAAUUUCACUUAGGCACUGACCGCGCACAACAAGGCAGCGACGGCAGCGAGACGACUGGGAAUGCAAAACCCGCACGACAGGAGCACCACCCCUUUCGCUCCGUCACCGCCUCCACACCGCUGCGGCGCUUGACGGGACGUGCAACACGCACCAUGUUCGCGCUGUGCGCCGUGAUCGCCGUCUUCUGGUGCAUCGCGGCAACCGCCUGGCCAUUGAUGGCUCUGCAAACACCUUACGUUGGCUGUCUAGGAGGGUCUUUCAGCGCCACCACCUCCACCGGCACCCCUCCUUCGUACGCGGAUUCCGAUGCUGUUUUCCGUUACACACAUGUAAACCCCGUGUCGGAUCUGCAGGCUCUUUACCAGGUUGCGCCUGCCUCCCUUGACGCGGCAGAGGUCGACCGACUCUACCGCCGCACGCUCAGUGAGGGGGUGGAGCGACUGGAGCGCGCCACACAGCAUUUGAUUCCGCAGGACAGCACCCCUCCGCCGCACCGCCUCUUCUUCUUUCGCGCGAUGAUUCACGCCUACGUAGCUGUGCAGCGCAACAGCGAGUUGUACGCCCGCAGCCGUGACGCGAGUCUCUGGCGGCGCCUCCUCUGGUAUCCGCUCGCAGAUGUGCUGAAGUACGGUUUUCACCGUUUUGGUGCUUUGUCGCGCACGGUGUCGCUCACGCGCAGCUUUGCACGUGACUGGCAGGACCGCAUCCGUGCUUCGGUCGCCUGCAGCGCACAGUCGGAGCUCGUGAGCUGUCCAUCGCUGCUGUACGUCGAGGAGGCGAUGGCGCGAGCGGCGGCCCCGUUUGUGUACACAGACGCGAAUGAGUUCCACGAGUCUCCGCAGCGUCGCCGGCGGCUGCAGGAGUGGCGCACGCGUCUGCACCGUGACUGGGAGAGCGAGGUCUACCUGGAGACGCUGCUGAGUUACAUACGGAGCAGCGUGCAGGAGUCAACGCGCGAUUACAAUCGUUGA